UAUUUGACAAAUCGCUGACACAAAUUCACGACUAUGUACAACAAACCAUCAUGUUGAAUUUUUGUAUGUAAUAUAUUAGUAUGUGAUGUGAAUUGGCAUUAGAAGAUUUGUGUAAUCUGUGUCGCCAUGGCCAGAAGGAUAUUUCUUAUUUAUUACGCUUAUUUUUUUUUCUUACAAUUUUUCAUGUGAUGGAAGAGAAAAAUGAAAUUUAGGCUUGGGAACUCAAAGUGUAAUAACGGAUAGUAGUGAAACUAUGAUAUUACAUGAUUGGUGUACUAUUAUUGGCAAGUUAAUAGAGGAAGCAGUAAGAAUAAAAGAACAAUGAUUAGUUCAGAGGGCUUAUCUGAGAUAGACACAGCUUGCAUAAUGGCCCAAGAUAUGAUAAACAACGUUCUCUCCACAACAAUGGAGUGGAAAGAUGGAGAGUCCCAGGAGUCAAGGUUUGACGGUGGCCAAAGUUUAACAGGAAACUGUCAUUCUCACAGCAUUCAGUCAAAAUUAACUAGAUUAUAUCUAGAGGAAUUGAGAAAAGUCCCCCACGCCACACCCGACUCAAUUCUCAGUAAUCUGGAGAACGAGUGUGAUUUACUAGGACGUUUGGUGGAACGUGAGGGCUUUCAUACAUUAAUUGUUAAUCUUUAUGCCGGUAACAAGGGCUACUCAUUGGGUAUAAGAAAUAAUGACAAAAUCACCAAGAGUUCUAGUAAAAUUGAUAAAAAUUCAUUAGUCGCUGAGACUCAGUUAAUGGGCUACGAGCAGGGUGAAUUUUUGUCAUGCAUCGAUAAUGGUCAGUUACCAGCAGUUCUCGCUGAACAACUGGAGCCCAGUCAUUCACAUUUAUUUUAUGAUGGUUGUAUAAUAGCUGAAGUGCGAGAUUAUCGCAAAGGAUUCUCUCACAAUAAGCCGGAAAUAUAUCACGUCUUACUGAAGCCAACAACACAGAGUGUAUUAUCUGAUGUUUCUGCAUUAACCAAUGAUGGUGAAUGGAGUCACGAGGAGCGCCUUAUAUUAGAAUCACGUUUAAUAGCGGCAACACAGGGCCCACUUUGUCUAGAUCCAAAUCCAGUUGGGGCACUGGCAUCGACACGACUGCGUCAUAACAGAUCACUACUCACUGAUAAUCAGUUAGUGCGUCAAGCGAAAAAAUAUUCUCAAGUGACAGUCAAUAGAAAAAGAAAAUUGGAGCAAUUGUUGCAGGUGUCUGAGUUUAAUAUCACUAGUGAAUCGGUUAUUGAGAGUAUUGCAUUGAACAACAUAGCCAACACUUAUAAAAAUAACGUCAAUAAAAAUAGUAAUAAUAAUGAUGAUGACGACAGCACCAGUAGAAAUUCAAUGAACAGUAGUAGUAACAAUAGCAAUAAUAACAUCAAUUUAUUCAGUGGCAGUGGACAUGUCACAAUACAACAGCUCCAGGAGCGUGUACGUGCCAAGAGGAUUCAAGGAGGCCAGGGAGGAUUAGGAGGGCAAUGUUUAUCGUUAAUCACUGCCUGUCCACCACCUUCACUACUGAAUCCACCGCUUUUACCUCCAAUUACACCAGUUGAUGUUCUGAAUUAUGCUAAAGCGUAUGAGAGACCUCGGGAAACUAAAGACUGUUUGGCCCAAUUAAUUGAGGAAUAUAUACUUGAGACUGAACGAGGCCAAGGGCGCAUUUAUCAUAUUAAAUUAUCUAUUCUUCAGAGGCCAUCGAAUUCUGAAUAUCUCGGGGAAUUGUAUGUGGAUCGAGAUUAUCGCGAGGGUGAACGAAAUGGCUCCUCCUGCAGAUUCACCCUCGGCACACGUGUUCAAGCUAAUCAUUAUAUGCAACAGUUUACCGAAAUAUUCACCGAAGAGGGUAGAAAAAAUGUUAGAAUAAAGCACGUGGUACCUGGUCAGGCACCACGUGUCACAUGUACACCAGGAAUGCAACGGGCUCAACAGCAGCAGGCUCAACAGUUGGCAAUUGCUCAGCAAUUUCAGCAGCAAAUACUCUCGAGAGCGCAAAAUCAAAUUGCUCUUAACAAUGCCACUACUCUAUUAACCAAAGUACCUCUCCCUCCUGAACGGCCAUCAUCUUCAUCUUCAGUAAAUUGUCAAAAUGAGAGCAUUAAUAAUUCAUCAAUAUCUUCACAACAACCAUUACAAGCACUUAAAUCUAAUGAGACUGUUGUUCAGUCCAUGUCAGUCAAUGGUCUAGCCAGUGCUUUGGGAGCAGCUGCUGAUGCCACGUGUACCACAACGAUUAUUAAUCCUUCUGUAUCAAUAUCCACAGUUUCGGCCCCCUCACAGUCAUUCGCAUCACUCCCUUCCGAUUCACCAACUGGUAUUAAUUCCAUCAAUGCGGCGUCCAGUAUUCUCGUUUUACAACAAAAAACUUGUCCACCGAUCAUUAAUAAUAUCUCUCAGUCUACUCAUGUACCUGUUUUACAAGCCCAACUACAAGCUACAGCUCAAAAUACAAUUACCUCCUCGGACCCUAUAAAUCAGUCGGAAAUAACAUUCAAAAAACAUUCAACCAAUCCGGCGAUCAGUGCCCUCGUUACUUCACUUAUGAACUCGGCUCAGCAGUUUCAACAGCAGGCUGCGGCUAAUGCAGCAGCAGCAGCAGCCGCAGCAGCAGCCGCAGCAUUGGCUAAUGCUAAUCAAACAUCACAACAACAAUCACAACCACCGCCAGCACCACCUCCACCUCCAACACCUGUACCAACGCCGCAACCCCCAUCGCAGUCACAAUCGCCGACUCAAACUCAACAACAAGCACAACCAGCCCCGACGAAAACCAACAAUGCUGCUAUUUUAAGUCUGCUGAACAGUAGUCCUGCUAAUUCACUUCAGCAGAAAAAUUCAGGGACACGACGGAUUUCCCUGAAUGCAUCUAUUCCACCAAGGGUUAUUGGACAUGGAAAUGUCAUCACUGUUCCCAAUACGACAGGCCAAGUCAGAGUAAGUUUUAGCUCAGCAUUAACGAGUCAAUUGACUGGUAAACAGCAGUCAGUCAAAGCAACAGCAGUUCGACUAGCACGAGUACAGGACAAUACCUCCACUCUUGGGCUCUCAAUGCCAGGACUCUCGGCACUUCUCGCUGGUACACCAUCGGCAGACAAUCCCAUACCUGGCAUAAAUACUGCAUCAACACUUUUAGAAAGGCUAACAGCCUCUUCAAAUCAUGGAAACCAGCAACCGGCCAGUCCCAUGACAAGUCCUUCACCGACCAACGUCAGUCUUCAGGGAGUUAAUCUUGCUAAUUUACCUGGCUCCAUUAAUGGUUUACAAAAUGUUCAGGUCUCCUUUCCUGGUUUAUCACAAUCCAUUACAAUGCCAUUGAAUGUCUCCGCUGCAACUGCCUCAGUCACUCCUACUGGAGUCAUUGUAUCCUUACCUAUAUCGUCUGGUAGCAAUAUCUGUACAACUGUAUCAAGUAUGAUUGGUGCAACAGUUGUGACAACAACAGUCGCUGGAACCACUCCAACGGUGGUAAUAGCUAACCCUGCUAAUACUCACCUAUCCCUACCAAUUGCUCAGAUCAUCCCGUCAAGCGUGAAGAGUUUGGCACAGCAAACUCAAAGCAUACGAACUACCAACACAGUGGCUCUUUCUCAGAAGAGUGGACAGGCAAUACAACUCGUCGGUUCACAUCGACCACGGCUCAACCAAUUAACCCGCAAAGCCCAACCGAACCAAGUCACAUCCACUGUUCUGCCUAAUCAGCUUGUCACUGUUGCAAAAACAGUUACCGCAAGUCAGCUCAUCUUGUCUGGUAAUAAACAAGUAUUAACACCGAUAAUGGCUACAACAAAGCCACUGCUAAUGGCAACGCAAGCAAAUCAAGCAAUACAAGCAACACCGUCUUCCCAAGCAGUACCUGGUAACAAACACACACUUUUGACAAAAUCAUUGCAUGCCAGGAGUGGCGCAACUGGUCAAAUUACUUCCCAGACUCAAGGAAUAGGUGUGACCAGCUUAUCACAGCAACAACUUCAGCAACUUCAACAGUGUUUGGUUGCUCAACAAAAAGCAACAGUAGUCGCUGCUAGUAAUUCACCCAAUCGAAGUCAAAUUCAAUCUAGAGGUGCUGUACCACCGUCUACUGACGAGUCUCUGUGAGCUUCCCGAAGUUCUUUUAUUCUCUUUAUUCCGAAAGAUGGUUUAAUCUCAUUUCAAUCAUUCACUCGCGCCCCCCUUAAUGUCUCAUCAUUAUAGGAUGAUGAUAAUCCAUUUUUCUCUGACCCACCAAUGCUUAAUUAAGAAAUUUAUGGUAAACCCUCGUUCAUUCGCGUUGUAUUAUCUUAUGACAUUUAAAUUGAAUGGAAAAAAAUGAAGAUAACGUAUGGAAUUGCGAGUAUUAUAUUGUAGAAUAGAGAGCAUUAUUAUUAGAUCUGCAACGGAAAGUUUAAAUUAUUGUACGCAUUCACCACCAUAUCGUACGUACUUACGAUAUUAUAUAAUUAUUAUAUAUUCUAUAUUAAUGAUUCGUUUUAUAUGAAAGAUUAAAAAAUUACAACAAAUUAAAAAUGAAUAAAUCAUUGGAAUUAUUAUUAUUA